AUGUCUUUUAACGUUUUAUGUGUAUAUUCAAAUGAUUCAUACAGCGACACGUGCCAACACAUUAUUGCAUACAAAAGCAGAAAAGACAUACGAACAAAUACAAAUAGACACACUGUCGCAACAGGAUGCCAAAUGAAAGACUUAGCAAUAUUGAUGGACACAUCGGGCAGCUUUGCUACCGGUCAGCAAAUUAGUCCCUUCCGAGCCAUGAGGAGGUUCGCGAAAAAUCUAAUCGGUCGGUUGGAUUCAGGCUGGGAUUCGGAAGCUCUCGUACAUUUCAGUGAAAAAGCUGAAGUCGUCUUCAACUUUACAACUUUUUCGACCAAAGAAGAAAUGUACCAGGCUAUCGACAAUAUCCUACAAUUCAACGAAAACACAGACAUCGCAAUGGGCCUGAGGUGUUCUCGGUGUAACAGUGGCUACAACUUGGAUAACAACGGAAACUGUGUUGCUCAGUGCAAUGUCCCAAACUGUCAACAAUGUCAGGCACUCAACAGAUGUUCACAAUGUAACAGUGGUUACAGCUUGGAUAGCAAUGGGCUCUGCGUUCCCCAGUGUAUUGUUCCAAACUGUCAGCAAUGUCAAACCCCCAACAAAUGUAGCCAAUGCAAUGGCGGAUACAACUUGGACAGCAAUGGAAACUGCGUCUCUCAGUGCAACAUUCCAAAUUGUCAGCAAUGUCAGUCACCUGACAGAUGUUCCCAAUGCAGAAGUGGUUACAGCUUAGAUGCUAACGGAAACUGUGUUGUCCAGUGCAACGUUGCCAAUUGUUUCUUGUGUAACACACCCAACGUAUGUGCAGUCUGCAACACUGGAUUCACUUUAAAUAUCCAGAACAAUCGAUGCGACGUUGUCAAUAGUUACUUUCAAUGCAAACAGCACAGUGCAACGUUCCAAAUUGUCAAACCUGUCAGACACCCAACAGAUGUUCUCAAUGUAACAGUG